AGGCGUCGUUCCAGCUGCGGUCCUGGCCGCCGCCGCCCUCCCGGGCUCCCGGCGUCAUGAACAUAGACGUGGAGUUCCACAUCCGGCACAACUAUCCCUGGAGCAAGCUGCCGGCCAACGUGAGGCAGAGUCUUGGAAAUUCACAGAGAGAAUAUGAGAAGCAGGUUGUCCUGUACAGUAUCCGCAAUCAGUUACGAUACAGAAAUAACUUAGUUAAACAUGUCAAGAAAGAUGAACGCAAGUACUAUGAGGAACUGUUAAAGUACAGUCGAGAUCAUCUCAUGCUGUACCCUUACCAUUUAUCAGAUAUCAUGGUAAAGGGCCUGAGGAUAACACCAUUUUUAUAUUACACUGGGAUUAUGGAGGACAUUAUGAACAGUGAGAAAAGUUAUGAUUCAUUGCCCAAUUUCACUGCUGCUGACUGUCUAAGGCUUCUUGGCAUAGGAAGGAACCAGUACAUUGAUCUGAUGAAUCAGUGUAGAUCAUCAAAAAAAUUUUUCAGACGGAAAACGGCCCGUGAUCUUCUACCAGUAAAGCCGGUGGAAAUUGCCAUAGAGGCAUGGUGGGUGGUGCAGGCUGCAUAUAUCACAGAGGAUGACAUAAAGAUAUGCACUUUGCCCGAGAAAUGCGCUAUUGAUAAGAUCAUUGAUGCAGGCCCUCAACUCUCUGGAUCACUAGAUUACAAUGUAGUACAUAGUUUAUAUAACAAAGGAUUUAUUUAUCUGGAUGUACCAAUAUCUGAUGACAGUUGUAUAGCAGUUCCUCCUCUUGAAGGUUUUGUAAUGAAUCGAGUGCAAGGUGAUUAUUUUGAAACUCUACUCUAUAAGAUAUUUGUUUCAAUAGAUGAGCAUACUAAUGUUGCAGAGCUUGCAAAUGUUCUUGAGAUAGACCUAUCCCUGGUUAAGAAUGCUGUGUCAAUGUACUGCCGAUUGGGGUUUGCCCAUAAGAAGGGACAAGUAAUAAAUUUGGAUCAACUUCAUUCAUCGUGGAAGAAUGUUCCAUCCGUAAACAGACUAAAGAGUACUUUAGAUCCACAAAAGAUGCUCCUAUCAUGGGAUGGCGGGGAAAGUAGGAGUCCUGUACAAGAAGCUUCAUCGGCUACUGACACUGAUACAAAUAGUCAAGAAGAUCCAGCUGACACAGCCAGUAUAAGCAGUUUGAGUUUGUCUACAGGGUAUACAAAGCGUAUUGCAUUCCUGUUUGACUCAACUCUUACUGCCUUUUUAAUGAUGGGAAACCUUUCACCAAACUUGAAAAGCCAUGCAGUCACAAUGUUCGAAGUUGGCAAACUCUCAGAUGAGUCUCUGGACAGCUUUCUUAUAGAACUAGAAAAGGUUCAGAGCACUGGUGAAGGAGAAGCACAGAGAUACUUUGAUCAUGCACUCACUCUGAGAAACACAAUAUUGUUUCUGCGUCAUAAUAAAGAUCUAGUUGCACAAACUGCACAGCCAGACCAACCCAAUUAUGGUUUUCCUCUGGAUCUCUUGCGCUGUGAAAGCCUUCUUGGGUUGGACCCUGCAACUUGCAGCAGAGUUCUAAACAAAAAUUACACACUGCUUGUUUCCAUGGCUCCUCUCACCAAUGAAAUCCGGCCUGUCAGCAGCUGCACCCCUCAGCAUAUUGGACCAGCUAUCCCAGAAGUCAGUUCUGUCUGGUUUAAACUGUACAUUUACCAUAUCACCAGGCAAGGACCACCGUCCCUUUUGCUGUCCAAAGGUACAAGACUUCGAAAACUGCCGGAUAUAUUCCAGGGUUAUGAUCGAUUACUAAUAACUUCUUGGGGUCAUGAUCCUGGGGUGGUUCCUACAUCAAAUGUGCUCACGAUGUUGAACGAUGCCCUAACACAUUCGGCGGUUUUGAUUCAGGGACAUGGUUUGCAUGGGAUAGGAGAAACUGUCCACAUACCUUUCCCAUUUGAUGAGACAGAACUACGAGGAGAGUUUACGCGUGUCAAUAUGGGUGUUCAUAAAGCAUUGCAGAUGUUAAGGAACAAAGUGGACUUGCAGCAUUUUUGUGGAUAUGUCACCAUGUUGAAUGCUUCUAGCCAACUUGCAAACAGAAAACUCAGUGAUGCUUCUGAUGAGAGAGGAGAACCUGAUUUGGCUUCUGGCUCAGAUGUAAAUGGGAGUACAGAGUCAUUUGAAAUGGUUAUUGAGGAAGCAACUAUAGAUUCAGCCACAAAGCAAAACUCUGUUGCCACAACAGAGGCAGAUUGGGUUCCUCUUGAGCUGUGCUUUGGAAUUCCACUGUUUAGUUCUGAAUUAAACCAGAAAGUGUGCAGAAAAAUUGCUACACAUGGCCUUUGCAGAAGAGAGAGCCUUCAGAACCUCUUACAUUCCAGUAGAAAACUGUCUCUACAAGUCCUUAACUUUGUUCACUCAUUCCAGGAAGGUGCUUCAACACUGGAUAUUCACACUGAGGCCAGUUUUCCAAGUUUGCUUUCACAGUCAUCCUGUGCUGACGUGGGAGUCCCACUUCCUGCAAAGAACUUAAUAUUUAAAGAUGGCAUCUUAACAGAGUGGAGUGGACGUUCACCUUCCUCACUUCUUAUCGCUAAUCUCCAUUUGCAAUAAUUUGGUUACAUCAUUUGUUGCUCACACUUUCUGCCAUUUUUCUUUCUUAACAUUAGCUUUAUAUUGCCAGCCACUAAAAAGCAUCCUGC